CACACAUUACAAUCGCAAUUCUCUAUCGCUAGAAAUCAAUAACAAAAACACAUUGGUGGGGUAAGGCUUAUUCGUUUAUCUCUGUGGAUCUGUUAAACUCACAAAAUUGGGGAUCGGAGGCAAACGUAUCCUAGAAAUCGACUUCAAUCUUCACAGAAAGUAUCGAUUUUUCAGAAGUAAAGAAUUGUGUACCUAUAGUAGGCAGUGGAGAGGACAGCAUGAAUCAAGAAUGCAAAAAGUGUGUACUAUCAGUAGAGUAACAACGCAUCAAAGUAAACAACUUAAAAGAAGGUACGUGUCUAGAUACAAGAAUCGAUUUCCCUUGCGUCGAGCCCUGGAAUCAUCAAUGAAGUUAAAAGUUCAAGUCGGACAUCAUCCACGCAUCAUCUCCUGAUGCAUUUCUCGAUCACGUUCCAUGGCUGUUCUGACAUGGAAGUGGCCUUGA